GCGGUGGGAGUCGUAGGCUGUGUGACAGAGACUUGGCAGUGGCAAAUAGAAACUAUUUAUACACAGCGCGCCGCGACGUGAAGGAGGCAGGCAACUAUUGUUGGGGCAUCUUUACCUCAGUGUUGGGCACUCAGUCGGUGACAAGCCCCUCGUGUUAUACUGUGUGUGACAUGGAACUUGGUUCGUGACGUUUAUACAUGGAUACAAUGAGACCUUGUGUUGUAGGGGAAAUGGAGAGCAUCUCACUAAAAACAAGUUUUCAAAUAUACACAGCAACAUGCAACUUUAUGCACCAUGGCCCCACCUGCACGCUAAUGAUUCAAGCGAAGUGAGCAAUGGAUACUAUGCUAAUACCGCCGGUUGCCACGACCAUGUUAAUGUUUGCUACAAGUGUUGGUUGACACCUACCGCCAACUUCGCACUGCUCUCCCAAACUAGACUCAACAUUUGCAGUUCACCGGUUACAGUUCACUUACUUCUCCCUCACUGUGUCGCUAUCAUACUAGGAUGUACAAACAAAAGAAGGAGGCAAACUUAGUGAGUCUGCAGACUCGUGAGGUAAUCAUCGCGAAGGUGAGCAAUCGAGAACGACGCAACACAGCAACGGUGAUAAGGUCACACCUGGAGUUGAACGACCCGGCCAGCCAAAACGCGUCCACAGCCGUACUCCUCAGCAAGGGCUCAAGCUCAGAGUUUAUAGACGAUGACCUCGGAAUUGGAAACUACAACCCAUUCAAACACCGUCGUCUGUCCAAUCCUACAUCGGACUCUGAAACGCUGAUACACCUGCUGAAAGCUAGCCUUGGCACAGGUAUCCUGGCCAUGCCGAUGGCCUUCAUGAAUGCAGGACUUCUGUUUGGCCUGGUGGCCACCUUCGUCAUCGGAUUCGUCUGCACCUACUGCAUACAUCUGUGGGUGAAAUGUGCUCAGAUUUUGUGUAUCAGGAGAAGGGUACCUUCUAUGGGGUUUUCGGAGAUAGCAGAGUUUGCCUUUCUGACUGGACCGAUGCCUUUAAGGAAAUAUUCUGUAUUAGCUGGUUUUCUUAUCAACCUUGCUAUCUUGAUCGAGAUGCUAGGAUGUUGCUGCGCUUACGUUGUGUUCGUUGCUCGUAGUAUGAAACAGAUUGCGGAGCAUUACUGGGAGAUAGACUGGUCACUUCAGGUUUACAUGAUACUGCUCAUUCCACCUCUAAUCUUGCUCAACUUGAUGCGUAGUCUCAAGUACCUCACACCAUUUUCAAUGAUAUCCAACUUCCUGUUCAUCGUUGGUGUCUGCAUCUCCUACUACUAUAUAUUUGACGACCUUCCACCAAUGUCUGAGAGGCCAAUGUUCUCUUCCUGGCAUCAGUUGCCAAUAUUUUUCGGCACCACCAUAUUUGCUCUGGAAGGCGUCGGUGUGGUAAUGCCACUGGAGAACAACAUGAAGACACCUGAGCAUUUCAUUGGUUGCCCAGGAGUCCUUAACAUUGGCAUGGUUUUGGUUGUUACUCUGUACGCUAUCACAGGGUUCUUUGGCUACCUCAAGUAUGGGGAAGCAACGGAAGCCAGUGUUACUCUAAACCUGCCUGUGGAGCAUUUACUAGGGCAGGUACUCAAGACAAUGGUUGCAUUGGGGAUAUUCUUGACAUACUCCUUACUGUUUUACGCUGCAAUGGAUAUUCUCUGGCCAAAGUUAAAAUCCAAUUUCUCACGGCCUCUUCCUGUUGAGUAUAUCUUCAGAGUUCUUCUAGUCAUCGCUACAGUGGUUGUGGCUGCUAUAUUCCCCAACUUGGGCCCUCUGCUGUCACUCAUUGGUGCACUUAGCUUGAGUGUGGUGGGACUCAUCUUCCCAGCACUGGUAGAGACCCUAGUCUACUGGGAACACCCUGGACUGGGAUUCUAUUGGUGGCGACUGUGGAAGAAUCUGGUUAUCGCUUUGUUUGGGCUCAUAGGCCUCUUCACAGGCACUAUGACCAGUCUCAGGGAGUUUGGACACUAACUGUGAUAUAUAGGUUAACCAAGACAUUAGGAUAAGUUAGAGAUUAGUGACAAUGUCCUAGAGUUUGUAUUUAUAAGCAGUUGGUGUACAAAACAAGUUGCAGAAUGAUCCGUUAUAACUAAGUUGUUGGAUUGAAUUAUUUUCAUGUUGCCUUGAUAUUAACAAUAAGUAAAACUAUUAAUUUUAAUGCAAAAUGGCCAGAGCAAUAGCAUCUAUAAUAAACAUACCAAAGACUUAAGCUCACAGUAAAGAAAUAUAACUGUUCAUAGGUAGUUGUUUUGAUGGAUAUUCUUUUAACCCUAGAACUGAUAAAGUUAAUUGCCAGAAUGAAACAGUGAUUUUGAAGGUUUUCUUCUACAAUUUUACCCUAAAAUAUAUAAAAUAGUUUUUAUAAAUAGAAAAUAUAUGGUAAAGACAAUUUAAAGUGUAAUAAAUAAUUUUACUCAGCUUUAAUUAGAAAAUAUAUCAUUGCAACAAAAACAGAUAUAGGCUACAUACGUAUAUACACAUUUUUUUUGUUUGAAAAUUCAUAAAUGAAUAUUAAAACUUGCCAUGUCCUGUAGCUCCAAAUUACAUAAAAGUUAAAAACAAAGUAUAAAAUGUCAACAGUUUCACUUUGAAAAUAGUGUUGUAAAUGCAUAUGCACAGUAAAUCUAAAGAUACAAAUGUUAUAAUUAUGCAAAUAAAACAAAACCUUUGUAUCUCACAAAUAAUCUGCCAAGGAAACAGUAUCAAGUACUUCAUCAUCAGAUAAAUCAAUUCCAUCAACAGAAAUGCCAUUAUCUCUUUCCUUUUCCAAAAUAUCUAUAAUAUCACUGGAAUGACAUAGGUCGACCAUAUUAAUUUAUAAUUAAAACAACAUCAGAACAAUAUUUCUACAGCACUGAGAAGCACCAAUGAAAUGUAGUUAGAUGCAUUUAGACGGACAAAUUGAUAUGUACCUAGGUGGCAUAGCAAGGGAUUUAUUUUUUAUUUAAGCCAGAAUUAUAGCAAUAGCACAACCCCAUCGAUUUUUUUAUUAUAAUUCGUGUAGAGAAUGAGUUGAGCAAUCAAUUAGAAUAUGUUUCACAGAAAUAAAUUGAGAUGUUGCCGAAUAACGUAAGAAAUAUAUUGAAAAAUACGACUAUCUCUUUAGGGACACGUGAGUUCUAAGGAUAAUACAUAGGACUAAUAUCAGUUCUAAGGUUAAAUGAAAAUAACUUAUGAAGUGUAAAACUACAUGAUGUUUUAUAGUUUUAACACCAUAUUUAAUUCUAUAGAUUUUGAUAUCGCAGUACUUUUGUGGUAUUCCACAUACAAAGUUCUUUGAUUAUAUAUAAUUUAUUGGUGUUGACUUGUAAGUGUGCACACAUUUUUAGACAAAUCAAACCGUUUUCAUGAUAUUGAUAAAUAUUUACUCUUAUAUAGCACUUAAUGUUUGUAAUAAUUAUUUUUUAUUUUUAGGGCUUGAGACCCUAAUUCAAACUUGCACUAGAAAAAUUAUACAAAAUUAUAUUGCAAUGAAGAAGUACAGGUAUUAGUAAAUAAUUAUAAAAUUAUGUAAUUGAAUUUUUAUUGCAAAAUGGACAAUUUGAUUAGAACAAUUGUACAAAUCACAGUAACUUCAGCUAGUCUUUUCUCCAGAUGACUCUGUACAGAAAAUAUCUUAGUACAUGACUAUGACUGUAGGUAAUUUCAUUCAUUUUUUCAAUUCUGAAUUCUUAAACAUUUUUGAACAAUGAAAGUCUGGUAAAUUUAGAUUGUCAGUGAUCAGGUACUGACGAAACAAAAUAUGAAUUUUUUCAGUUUAAACUCCUAAAACAUAAGUAAAAGUAAAGUUGUUUCAGUUUUAGAAUAGUUUGGGAAAAUUGUAGUGAUCUGAUACUUAUUAUAAAAUUAAGAAAUUUUCAAUGGUGUAUAAAAACUAACAUACUUAAUAUAAGGAUACUCUAAGUAAUUAGAUACAUACUUACAUGUUUUAUUUAAGUGCUAUCUAUAUGGUCACAGAGAGAUAUUAAAUUAAAAGUUUUACGAAGUUGACUUUAUUAGUUUUAAUAUUUGAAGAUACAUUGUAAAUCACAAUGAAAAAUUAUCUUAUCAGUGCAUACAACAUAUAAUGUCUUUGUAUACAGUUUUGGCAUCGCGUCUAUCACCCAUAGAACUUUAACCCACAUUUUUUUUGCGUGCUAUGAUAGAAUAUGUCAAAUUUCUGUCAGCAUAUAAGCUAAACAGGAUAACCCCAGUUGAAAUCCAGCCAUAUAUUUUAUGAAAUUCUUAGUCAGACAAUUUGAAAGUUUACCUUGUUUUAGGUAUCAUCGUUAAUUUUAUUGCUUUUAAAAUUAUUUACAACAUGAUUGUUGCUGAGCUGAAUACGAAUCAGACUUUUCACAGUAUGUGCUAUUGCCUGCUCAUUAAGUAUCUCAAGUCUACAUGUUUGGAAUAUUCAAAACAUGGGUGUGUAAAUGCUACUCUUUAACGUUGAUCAUUUUGUACCUCAUAUUUAAUUUAGCACAUGGAAUAAGUGUUUUUCUUUGACCUUCAUUCCACACAUAUUUUGAGAUCUCCUGAAUAAAACAUUUUGUGAAAAUGACAGACUAUGAUGUUUGUAUGUAAUCACUGUACAUGACUAAACGGUUUUGAUUAAUAUUUUCACUCUUUAUAAUCCAUUUGCCACAAAUUGCACAACUCUACAACUUUAUUUUGAGCGGUUAUAAAAGAUUUAAUUUUAAUUUUGUACAGUAAGUAAUGAAAUUCUACUUUUAAGUCUAAUUUAUAAAUAACAAUUACCCAAUAAGAAAUUUUAAUUCAAAUAUUUUGAAUUCAAGAAUAAUUUACACAUAAAAGUGAUAUUUUUAUUUUUAUACUGCCUUUCUUAAAUUCAAUUAAAAAAUAAUUUAUAAAUGAAUACUGAAUUUUACAAUAUACGAGUAUAAUCUAUAAAUUAUAAAAAAUAGCAUGAAUCUUAAUUGCAUAUACAUUGUUUUUAAGGAUGUACUUUUAAUUUAAUAUAUAAAUUUAAAUAACAGAUGGAGACCCGAAUUCUAUAAAAUAAAAUACAUUGUUUAAAGAGAGGAAUGUAUACAUGAGUUUCUGCAAGCAAAUCCAACUUUAUGCACUACAUAUCUCAUGUCUAAGACCCUUUAUAGUUUAAUACUAUUAUUGAAAUGAUAAUAAUUAUAUCAUUACCAUUUCACAAUGAUUUCAAUUUGCAAUUUAUUUAUUGCAAUUUAUAUUACUGUACUUGUAAAUAUAUUCCAUGGUUUUAAGGGACCAUCCUAUACCUGUGUGAGUCCUAGAACACUACACCAUUUUGUAAAGUCGACACUUAAUAUCACACUCAGUUGAAUCAGUUGAACAAAUUCCAAUAAAUUUACAUUCUUUAAAAACUGGAGUUAGUGUGAGUGAAUAAUUGAGUUAAGUAUAUAAAUGUUGUAUUGACACGUUAUAUGAAGUUUUUAAAAUAUCCUAUAAAUGACUGUUAUCUAUUUUACUUUAGCAAUAAAAUAGAUUAAAACGUGAUUUUAAAAUAAUUAACAAUAAGAUAUAAAAAUGUAAAAGAAGUGUUAUUAAAGUUCUGACAUUGUUAUACAUUUAUUAAUUUAUAACAAUUAAUAAAUGUAUAAAUAACAUUGUAACACAUUUAUUAAUGUGUAUUACAUUAAUAAAUUCUUUGGUAUUCCAAAGAAUGUCUCAGAAGUAUGUUGUAAAAGACCUUUCUAUAUAUUGAUUUUCUAAAUACGAUUUUUAAUUAUAUUUUUAAUGUUCAACAUCUUCUGUCAAAUAUUUUGACUUGUAAUAAAUUUGUGUAUGUUGCCUUUGCAGGAAUAAUACUUUCAUACAAAAUGUUGCAAUAGUGAUAAUUAUUUUUAUAGAUAAAUUUACUUGUUGAGUAUAUUUGAUAAAAAUGCUCAAGGUGACUAAAGAAUAAAUAUUUUACAUAAGUAUAAUUUAUUCUAAAAUAUUAUUACAUAUAUUUGUUAGCAAUGUUCAAAAACUUAUUCUCAGGAAAUAAUCUUUAAAGGUAAUAAAUAAACUAAUUACAGCAUCUGCCUAUUAUCUUUUUUAUGCAAAUCUUAUUUGCAUCCAAGACAAACUUACUAGUUUUAAAAGUUAUUCUGUUGUUUACUUAUUUAUAGGCUUGUUGACUAGGUUUUUAUCACAACUGUCUGUGAUUUUCCGAUUUUCAGUAAGUACUUAAAAGCAUUAAGCUAUUUUAACAUGUAUAAUACAGGUUAUAUCACCUUUAUUACUUAGUUAAUUAAUUUAUUAUUGAAUAAUAUUCAUUAAUUUAUAAUAAGUUUAUCAAUUUCACCUUUAUUGACAGUUAAUAUUUCAUUAACUUUAAUGGAUUGUUUAGAAUAAUCCCAUACUUAUUGUUAUAUAAUUUUAUUAUUAUUUACUGAAGUUAUCUACAUAAAAUAAUAGGAUUAUGAAUUACACAUUAAAUUGCUGUUUGCCAUUCAGUUGUAUUUACAAAACCAAAAUUAGUGAGAACAAUUAGGCUUUUAGGGCUAGUUUUUAAAUAUCUAGGUUCGUGUUAUAUUUGUUUCUAUUUAGUUAUUAAAUCAAUUAUUGUAUUACUAAUUUUACAAAAUAUGUUACACAAGUAAAGUAGCUUUAAAUAGAUGACUGGAUAUUUUAUAUUAAAUGUCAUAAAUUAUGUAAUGAUUGCAUAAUGGUAUUGCUGAUGUUGGUACAACAAUGGCUUGAUAAUUGUUACUGUAGUAUUUUUGUAUUUACCUUGUAAGUACACAAAAGUACCUGAAUAUUGUGUUAUGAAGUGUGUGAUAUAUGAAACAAAGAUCAAUAUAGUAUUCUAUCACUAA